AUGGUUUCAUUUGUUCUAUGGGCAUGCAGGUACACUAUCUACUACGAAGGUGAUGAUGCUGCCGUGAGGCUUGGUCCCCUAAAUGCUGCCGUUUUGAAUACUUCUCACAGAAGUGAUUCUCCCAUUCACACGGCUUUCUCAGUGGAUUUCGUUGCGGAGGGUAAUCCAGACGAUGUUGGUUUUGGAGAGUUGGAAAUCAAACUUAGGGCCAUGCAUAUGCUGAUAUUCAAUCCAAACGACGCUGGACGUGUUGUUAUAAGGUGUCAUAACCUGACCCGAAACCGCCAUGACAUAAUUAAAUGUCAUUCUUUUUUCUCACGAUUGGAGACUUUAGAGAAGUAA